AUGGACUUCAACCUGCCUUCCUAUCAGCAGAACAGUUCAGUGCCCAUCCUGUUCCGGGAAAACGUUGUUUACUUUGGCCUGAAGUACUUUGGAAAGGACCCUUCUUUGUUAGGCCAGGUCCUGAAGGGCUCUCAUGUGCCAGAUUCAAUGAGGCUGAAAUAUGGGAAAUGGGUGAGUCCAGACAACCUUCCAGAGAGAUUUAAGGGGAGAGGCUACAAACAAGUCCCACUUGCUCCUUAUGAACCUGAAGUCUAUAGGCAAUUUUCAGAGAUAUCAGAAGCCGAUUUUUCUUGCCUUUUUGCUGAGGACACUGUCAUCCAGAAGCUUCCUGAAACCCUAAUUGUGAGCUGCGAGUACGAUGUAGUACGAGAUGACGCACUGCUGUACAAGAAACGUCUGGAGGACAAUGGGGUGAAAGUCAGCUGGUUCCAUGUUGAGAACGGGUUUCAUGGGAUGAUAAACUUUUUCAAAGGAUGCAUCUUUGCAUUCCCCACUGCAGCUGAAUUAACGGACAGCAUCGUAGACUUUGUCAAAAACUUAUGA